GCCCAAUCGGUGCAGAUCACUCAUAUAAACAAGCAAAGCAGCAUUCUAAGGGUUCAGAACUGAGUCUUUCUUUCAGUGAGGAGUCAAAGGGAAAUACUAGAUUGGGUUCUACUAUUUUUUUUUUUUUUUUUUGCCCCCCUUUCUCGUACCUGCACGCAGACAGAAUCUAUUCUUUCUGUGGGACCAUCUGCUGUCGCCUGCAUCACUUCUCUCGCCCCAUUGCCACUGUGACCAGAUAACAGUGUUUAUGGUUUAUUCCUUUAAUACAAACAUUGAAAUUUCUGCACUGACACAUGGACAUGGCUGUGACAUGUGGAGAAAAAACAGAAAUGGUACGCCACCCAAAGUGUCACAUUGCGAUUUAACACGGUGGGCAGUGGCAGGCCACACAGACCCUUGCUGAAAUCAGAGAUGUUGAGCCAGGAGGACCCCAAAUCACGCCCAAUGCUAGAACUACGAGAGAAACUCCAGCCAGAGGUGACCGAGCUGAUCAAACGGCAGAGGUUGAACCGCCUGUGUGAGGGGACCUGCUUUAGGAAGAUCAGUGCUCGUCGCAGACAAGACAAGUUCUGGUAUUGCCGUCUAUCACCAAACCACAAAGUGUUGCACUAUGGAGACGUAGAGGAGUUCUCACAAGGACAAAUAUCACACGACUCUCUCCAGGAGAAAGUGACAGUAGCAGAUAUCAAAGCUGUGGUAACAGGUAAAGACUGCCCACACGUGAGGGAGAAAGGAGCACUUAAGAAUAAGGAGCUGCUGGAGCUGGCUUUUUCCAUUCUCCAUAACUCUGAUGAAUACCUGAACUUCAUUGCUCCAGACAAGCAUGAGUUCUGUAUUUGGACUGAUGGCUUGAAUGCUCUUUUGGGAAAAGAGAUGACAAGUGAGCUCACAAAAUCAGAUAUGGACACUCUGGUUACUAUGGAGCUGAAACUUCGCCUCUUGGACCUUGAAAACAUUCAGAUUCCUGACGUCCCUCCUCCUGUUCCCAAAGAGCCCAGCACUUACGACUUUGUUUACGACUUUACCCAGCAGCACACUUGAGACUGGAAUAAAGUCCUUACUCAAGCUGAAAAUCAGCUGUAAGGAAGGAGUACUCACCUUUUUGCUAUCUGUUCCCUCUUUCCUCUUAUAUGGACGGAAUCAUGUUCAGAUCAUACAUUUUCCUCUAGAUUGUGACUAUGAUGUGAUGCUUUAGUUUUCUUUUUCCUUUAAAUGCCUCUCAUGACUUCUGCAAAGAGAAAAACUCACAGUAACAUUUCUUCUGUCGCCAGUUUUAAUGAACUCAAAUUGGGGUAUCAUUCACAACGUUUUGUGUAAGUAUAUGUCUAGUGUAACACUGAGAAUUGAUUUGUUUCACAAUCAUAUAAAAUAAAAUUAAGUCUACAUUUACA